AUGGAGGCAACAAAGCAUGUCCGGCGUCGCCGCUAUCUCAACUAUCCCGACGCAAUUGACAGGACACGAUGGGAAGCGGCUCCAAAAACGGCCAUAGUGCGCAAGGGGAAUAAUCCCGUGCUCAAAGGAUGGAUACUGGCGGUCUGCGCAUUCUUAAUGGAAAACCUGCGCUUCCUGCGCGAGAUGGCCUGGCACAACGCCGGUUUUGGCUCCCUCCGCAAGACGCGCCGCAUCUUUGAGGACUACGAGCCGCUGUUUGAACCGACAGUCAUACCACUGCCUGAUGCAGCGGAGGAGGAGACGGCCAACGGCAAUGACGCACCAGUCGAGUUCGCACCCCAGGAACCGCCCACUUCACCAAAACAAAAGGCGGCCCGCUACUACUCGGCCGCAGACUACCGCGCCCUCUUCCUCUCGGGCGAGCUGACGCCGACGGACGUCGCCAACGCCAUCCUGCCCCUGAUCCGGCGCGACACUUCGCCCCCAGGCCGGCACUCGGUCGCUUGGUUCAACGUCAGGGUGGACCUCGUCCUGCGGGCGGCCGAGGAGUCCACGCGCCGCUACCAAAACAAGCAGUCCCUCGGCCCGCUGGACGGCGUCCCCACCGCCAUCAAGGACGAGUACGAUAUCGAUGGCUAUGUGACCUCGCACGGUUCCCGCAACGACUACACGGGCAAGGAUCUCGACGCCGAGACGGGGCUCAACACCAACUGGUGCGUGCGCAAGCUGGAGGAGGCCGGCUGCGUGAUCCUAGGCAAGCUGUCCAUGCACGAAUUCGGCCUCGACACGACGGGCAACAACCCGGUUUUUGGCACGCCUCUAAACCCCCACAACCAGGGGUACUACACGGGCGGCAGCUCCUCGGGGUGUGGCUAUGCGGUAGCGGCGGGACUGGUGCCCUUUGCCAUGGGCAGCGACGGCGGCGGCAGCAUCCGCAUACCCUCGUCGCUCUGCGGCAUCGUCGGCCUCAAGCCCACGCACGGCCGCCUGUCGUGCCUCCCGACCCAGAACCACUGCAACACGUGCGCCGUGCUGGGCCCGCUGGCCGCCGACGUCCGCACGCUGGCGACCGCCUAUUCCGUCGUCGGCCAACCGCACCCCACGUCGCUCUUCCCGGCGCUCCCACCGGCCCCGACCCUCCUGCGAUCUCCCUCCCCGGCCCCUCCGUCGGCCAAGACCCUCGCGGUCCCGACCAAGUGGUUCUCCCGCGCGCACCCGGCCGUCCAGACGCUCUGCCGCGGGCUGAUCCAGCGCCUCGUCGACCAGCGUGGCUACCGCGUCGUCCCGGUCGACCUCCCGAUGCUCACCGAGGGGCAGAUCGCGCACGCCAUCGUCGUGCUGACGGACGCGUCGACGCUGCUGCCCGACACCAAGGCGCUCACGCCGGCGAACCGCAUCCUGCUCGCGCUCGGCCGCACCACGACGGCCGUCGACGUGCUGCUGGCCCACAAGCUCCGGCGCAUGCUGGUGGCGCACCUCGCGCGCCUCUGGCGCGACGUCUUGGGUCCCGACGCCCUCAUCCUGACGCCCACUACGGCCUGCGCCGGCUGGCCGGUCCGCGACCCCGGCGCCGAGCUGCGCUACGGGCUCAACGACGGCGACACCACGCUCGCGAGCAUGGAGUACGUCUGGAUGGCCAACUUCUGCGGCCUGCCUGCCGUCAGCGUGCCGGCUGGGUUCGUGGUGCCCGAGGGCGCGGUCGGCGCGGGCAGGCCCGUCGUCGCGGACGGCGAUGACGUCGAGGGCAAGGUGCCGGUCGGGCUGAUGGCCAUGGGCGAGUGGGCCAACGAGGAUGGCCUGUUGAGGUUCGCGGUCGAUGCGGAGGAGGUCGGGGACGGGUUGAAGACUCGGCCCCCGAUCUGGGAGGAUGUCGUCGAGCUGGCGAGGGCCGUCAAGGGGAAUGCGGGACCGGAGGUGAUGGGUUAG